AUGACUCAAGGUGAAACAGAAAACAAAAGAAAGAAAAAGACGUUAGUAAACACAAAGACCCUCCCCCGGACUUACUUCACACCGACCCUCCGCAUCGCCGAGGACAUCGACGAGAUGUUCCACAACCUAGGGAUCGGUCGAGUCAUGUACCAGCAGCACGAGUCAUAUCGGAAGGCGACUUGCCUUUUCCUUGCCACACUCACAGACGAUCCCUGCGACGACGGCAAGUUUACAUCUGACGGCAGUGACGGCUACAUCACCUUCUGGGCCACUCGACGGAGGCACCACCUUACCUACAGAGAGAUCGACCGAGCUCUCUCUCUACCGCCGGGCAACCGCCACGGUCUCGACGUCGACCGCGCCGAGAUGACAGCACUCUGGGGGACGAUCGCAUUUGGGGACUACUUCUCCUCAAGUGCGAAGUCUUUUCACAUCAGGAGCCCGCCGAUCCGCUACUUCCACAAGGCGAUCGAUUACAUGAUCUUUUGUAUGUUUUUGCAUCUUCAAUUUCUAAGAGAAGCAUGA